CCAUUUUCCUUUCCUAGACUUGCAGAUCUAAUGGACAAACACAAAGAAGAGUUAGCCACCCUAGAGAGUAUAGACUCUGGUGCAGUGUACACCCUGGCCCUGAAAACCCAUGUGGGCAUGUCCAUAGACACCUUCAAAUACUUCGCGGGAUGGUGCGACAAGAUUCACGGUAAAACAAUUCCCAUCAACCACGCCAGACCAAGCAGAAAUCUCACCUACACAAGAAGGGAGCCACUGGGUGUAUGUGGCAUAGUUACUCCAUGGAAUUACCCACUUAUGAUGUUAGCGUGGAAGACAGCUUCGUGUCUUGCUGCAGGAAACACCGUGGUUUUAAAACCAGCGCAGGUCACACCUCUCACGUCCCUAAAGUUUGGAGAGUUUGUUGUCAGAGCAGGAUUCCCAGCUGGUGUCAUCAAUAUAAUCUCAGGCUCAGGUUCAGUGGUGGGACAGGGCAUUGCAGACCAUGAACAAGUGAGGAAGCUUGGCUUCACUGGCUCCACACCAAUUGGAAAGACCAUCAUGGAGAGCUGUGCCAGAAGUAAUCUGAAGAAAGUGUCCCUGGAAUUGGGAGGGAAAUCCCCGCUGAUCAUCUUCAACGACUGUGACUUGGACAAGGCCGUCAGAAUGGCAAUGAGCUCCGUCUUCUUCAACAAGGGAGAGAACUGCAUUGCUGCUGGCAGGCUGUUUGUUGAGGAGGAAAUCCAUGACAAGUUCCUUGACAGGGUGGUCACAGAAGUAAAGAAGAUGAAGAUAGGCAAUCCCCUGGACAGGUCCACAGACCAUGGUCCUCAAAACCACAGAGCUCAUUUAGAGAAGCUGAUAGAGUACUGCCAGAUUGGGGUAGAUCAGGGAGCCACGCUAGUGAUGGGAGGCAAACAGGUCGAUAUUCCAGGUUUGUACAUGGAGCCCACAGUUUUCACUGAUGUUGAAGACCACAUGUUUAUUGCCAAGGAAGAGUCCUUUGGGCCUGUCAUGGUGAUAUCUAAGUUUAAGAAUGGUGACACAGAAGAUGUAGUAAGAAGAGCAAACGACACAGAAUUUGGUUUGGCAUCAGGAGUGUUCACAAAUGACGUGAGCAAAGCAUUGUGGGUAGCAGACCACAUUGAUGCCGGCACAGUAUUUGUCAACACAUACAACAAGACGGAUGUUGCUGCUCCUUUUGGUGGCUUCAAGCAGUCUGGCUUUGGAAAAGAUUUGGGUGAGGAGGCCAUGAAUGAGUACUUGAAGACUAAAGCAGUCACCAUCGAGUACUGAGCCAGCUAUAACUGGUCACCAGGUGGAUUGCUUUCUCUCUUUACAGAGGAAAAAGGAUGUAAAUUACUGAAUAUAAUAUACAGGAACUUGCUCAUCUAUGCAAUUCUACUUUUGAGGAAGGAAUGGAAGGACUUGAUAAACACAUAAAACGUUCUGGUAAAAUACCCAGCAACCUUUGCUGUUCAACUUGUCAGCAUCAAGGAUAACGGCAGAAAUUGUAUCAAGAGUAAUGACAGAAAUCUCAAAUGAUCCCAUUUUUACCUAGCAACAUGGACAGUCUAUAAAACAAAUGGUGUCUGUAAUUGAAGCUGGGUUCUUGCAAUUCAUUUACAUGAAUUUACAUUCUUCAGUAUUAAGAUGAUGAGUAAGACCUCAAGCACUGGGGUGACAAUAUAUUGAGAGAAAGUGGUCAAGAGUUGAAUGAUGUAAGGCCUUUGGGGUUCAUCCCAGAGACGAGGGGUUUAAUUGAUAAAAAAACAAAAAACUAGAUCACUAGUAAAAGAGGGCACCAUCAUACCGGGUGCACAGGCCGAGAAGGAGAUUUUUGUUUGAACUUUGAACUUGUUUGAAGAGGUGAGAUCAAACUGUGAAAUAUUUAAUCUCUUUUUGAUAUAUUUAUUUAUUUAUUUUUAAUAAUAUAUUGAUAUACAUAGAUGUGAAUGCAGCACAUCAGGGUAAAUACAGAUGAUUUGACCAGUUUUAAACUAUUCCACCUUUUAAUCAUUAUUGCUUAUGAUGGACAUGCUUUCACAUUAUAUAAGCAAACCAAUAUGAUGUUUUUUUAUCUGUAAAUGAUGGUUAACUUAAGAUAACUUAAUGGUUUUAAUAUUAACAAUUACUUCCAUUAAAUACAUGUUUCUUCCAUGAGUUGAGAAAAUGAUUUGAUUAGAAAAUUAAGAAACUUUGAUCAGGUGAAAAUGACCUCGUGUUUUUAGAAUUUUGUCAGCUUUUUUAACCCUACACAGCUUUCAGAUGAUUACCUUUCAACAUGUGUCAAAUAUCCUGGUUUGCUCUUACAAGUUUUAUCAAAGAAUUUUAAAAGAAAGGUGAUUGUAAAUUCAAGACUGUAAGUUUUAGCCUGCUUAAAUGUAGAUAAAUGUAUGUAAAAGUCUACUCAGGCGAGGAUAUCGCACCUGUUUAAAAAAAAAGGCAAAUUCAUAUGGCAGAUUUUUCAUUUUCGGGGACUAGUUCACAUUUAUCUUGGAUUGUAGAGCUAAAUGUAAAGGAGUUUAGUAAUAAAACCUGUGAAACCAAUAAUUUUUAAUAGACGUAGAACUUGGGUCAGUAACAUAGUUUUCAUUGUAUAUAUAUAUAUUACCAAUACUAGAAGUGUUUUUACAAGCCCAUGUCUAUAAUAACCUAAUAUAAUAAUCUUAAAUAUUAAAAAAAACUGAUGUAUAUAUGGGCCUUUGUCGUUUGUUAUAAAAAGAUUUAGAUUAAGGUAAAAGUAAUUAGUAAUGGUUUAUUUGACUAUAUAAUGUAACCUCCCCUGAAACAAACAUUUUAUGGUGUGAUGCUCAUUUUUAUUGUAACAUUUUUUUCCUUUUAGCAAUUUGAAAACUAUUUGUAUUUUAUCUGAAAUAGAUAUGGUAGUAAUCUUUUAAGUAGGUCAUGAUUUUUGUCAGAUGCUGUUGCUUGCUAUCUGGAGCAAGAAAUGAUAACGAACAGAAGAGUACAUGUAGCAUUUAGCUAAAUGUUUGUGAUACAUCUAAAUUAAAUUCAUUGUAAAGUGUAGACAACUUAAUCGACCUUAAAGUCACUGUGGACAAUUUUGUAACCUGGUCAGCGUGGAAGCAAGUUGGACCGACUUCUGAUUUGAAGUGAUAAGCUAAACAUAUUACAUUAGGCAUAUCUAUUUUCUGUCUGUUGUAUUGGAUUGAGGUAUGGGUGUUUCAAUCCUAGUCACUGGCUCAUUUUUCACCCGGUGUUAAAAAAAGCACAUUUUGUAAAUUUUGUGUAAAAAUGUGCACGUGAAACUGGCCCUUUGAUAUUUUACUAAAAAAUUGUGCAAUGUGCAGGGAAAUUACCCUGCUUUUCAGAUGAAUGGCAUUGACUCUUGGUUCUGUCGGAAAUUUCACAGGAUUUUUUUUUAGAAAACCGUGUUGUGUAACAACCUGAGCUGUUGGGUGGUGCAAGCUGACGGAGUAGUGUAAAAAAUCAUUUUUACAGCACUUCGAAUGGUAACUGAAGUCAGUUUGCGCCAGUAGAGAGAAGUUUACAUACUUUGAAACUUUGACUGUUUUGCCAUAUGCUUAUGGGGCCGUUUUACGGUGCCGUUGUUAACUUCAGAUUAUGUAGGAUUUUGGUGAAAUAAUGUGAUGUUCGCGCCAUGUUAAUUUAGAGUGAAUUUUUUACAUUCAAUACAAAAUUAAGAGCAGCUAUCCUCAGUUUUUGUUCUUAUUAUUUUGUUAGCAUAAUAUGAAAUUCGAUCUCGAUUUUUUUUUUCAAAUUACUGUAAAAUGUACAGUACAGAUACAUUGAAUAUUUUUCAUUCAUAUAAAUUUUUGUCAGUUACUAUUGUUGCGCCCAAUUUGAAUGUACACCGUGCGAUGAAGAGUUGCGUGAAAAACUGUCUCAGACGUAGGUUGAAGAUAUAAAUUAGCAUCGCACAGCCACUUUAUGGGUGUGGAUUUUAGAUUGAAUAAAAUGUAAUGAAAGAG